GAAGGGGAUAUAAGAGGCUCGUGGAUUCGGGGUAGAGAGUUGGAGAAUCAGAGAAUCCUUGCCCGCUGGCGGGCUAAAGGUGAGCAAACAAAGACGCUGAUAAAACGAAAUGCCAAAACGACAAUUGAAACGCCCAACAAAAGGCAGGGGCUUUCCCGGGGAGGGGUUGCUACGAAAGCAAGGGGGGUGGACUAGUGAAAAAGUCAACUCGAGAGGGAUCCCCGAGACCGGUGGCUGCCAUUUUUUGGUGUCUGCGCCUCAUCCAAAUCAAGUGUGAACGGAAUACGGCCAAAGGUGGCCCUCCGUCGCUCUCUUUCUGGCCCUCCAGUGCUCAGUAUAUCUUUCUCUCUCUCUUUUGGUAAAUCCCCUCCAUCACAUCACUCCUCUAUGUAUCAUCUCUUCCCGGGGCUCUUGAGCUCUAUCUCUAUAUAAAUAUUUUAGGGGCGGUCUCUUCUCACUGCCUCUCUCUUGCACCAUAAUAUUCCAAUUCGACAUUUGGUCUUUUCAUUCAUAAUGCAGUCGCUGUCGACGGCGACGUCGGCGUCAGCUUCAGGAUAUAUAUCAUCCAAUCUGAACAUGAUGAUGAAGUUCUCCUUUUGCCUGUCGGUCCCAUCAAUCCAUCUCGUUCUAAAGCCCAUUCAGGAUGUCUGUCUUUCGUUCUCUCUCUUUCUCUGUGUGUAUACCACCUCUCACUCUGGCGAAUGGAGGUUGCAUACAGGACUUUCAGGGGUUGAUUCCCCAGGAUUCACCCCAGACCUCUGCGUAUGUCCUUUUCAUAUUUCUUAAGGCCCGCACCGUUUGCUAUUUGCCUUCAUUCCGCUUCGGUCGCUGAUCCUGUGCAGAACGCGUCCUGUUUCUCGCGUCCCCCGAUUUGCAUUUGAGAAAUCUACAUUUUUACGAAACAAGUGAACUCCAUUUGAGAGAAAAAAUAUAGAACCAACUUUAAAACCAGUUUAACUUGUGUGUGUCAAUAGUUGUGCUUUGGAACUAACAAGUGGAGAUUGGCCGCCUGCCAAAGGAAUUGGAUAUCCACAUAGGCAGUGCCUAAAUAUGGUUUACUUUAGUCCGCGUGGCAUGCAACCGUGUAGUCCAGCGGGAGAAGUCGCCAUGAUGCCGCCGUCGAAGAGUCCCGUGAUGGAGAGCGCCGCCUCCGACCAGAAUCCUGGCCAGCAGAGUAGCCAGCAGGAGGAGCAGAGUGCCAAGCGGGCGUGCCCGUUAAAGUUUUCGAUAGCCAAGAUCAUGGAACCAGAUCACAGGCCCAGUCAAGUGUCGCAUCCACCUCCAAUUCCAUUCCCCACCAAUGAUGAUGAAGAGGAUGAGGAUCCGGAAAUUGAUGCAGAUUCGGAGCGCUCUUGCAGUCCCAUCGAAGUGAUCAGCUUGGAUCAUUCACCUACGGCCACGGUGAAUUAUGAUUCCGCUUUUAAGAAGUAUGUGCCGGGUCCCUGUUUGGGCGCCACUUCAUCGGUGACCUCGCCUUCGAGCACCGCUGCUGUGCAGCAAUUUGUGAGCACCCGCCACCAGGAGCUGCUGUCCCAGUAUCCCCUGCUGUACUACGCACCCAAUCAGCUGAUGUGCGCCGCAGCUGCUGCCCAAUAUGCAGCGUUGACCGCCCAACAACAAUCGCUGGCCAGUGCCGCCCACCUGAGCAGUUUCACCGCCUCCCUGAAUGCCAGUCUACAUCACUCUCAGUCGCUGCGGAGGAAUCUUGGUCAUCCUUUGGCCGCCGCAGCUGCUGUGGCUGCAGUGGCUCAAUCCCAGGCAGCUGUGCCCAAUCUUCAACAGAGUCUGGAGAAGUCACCAGUGGCCCCGAGGACAGCUCAAAGUUCGGGAUUGCAGGGUAACCUAAAGAGGAAACGAUCGCCGCAGGAACAGGGAUCUGGUGAGGUGACACCACCGCCGCCGGCAUCGACUGCCACAUCCUCGGCCGGUGGCGCACGAUCUCGUUCCCCCUCGCCCCAGGGAUCCAUCGAGGACAGCAGUCCGGGAUCGGCGAGUGGGGGAAAGCCCAAGACUUUCUCCUGCCUGGAAUGUGGCAAGGUGUUCAAUGCCCAUUACAAUCUCACCCGCCACAUGCCCGUUCACACGGGAGCCAGGCCAUUUGUGUGCAAGGUAUGUGGCAAGGGAUUCCGCCAGGCCUCGACUCUCUGCCGGCACAAGAUCAUCCAUACCUCGGAGAAGCCACACAAGUGUCAGACCUGCGGCAAGGCCUUCAAUCGCUCCUCCACCCUCAACACCCAUUCUCGCAUCCAUGCCGGCUACAAGCCCUUCGUUUGCGAGUACUGCGGCAAGGGUUUCCAUCAGAAGGGCAACUACAAGAAUCACAAGCUAACGCACAGCGGAGAGAAGGCCUACAAGUGUAGCAUCUGCAACAAGGCCUUCCAUCAGGUGUACAACCUCACCUUCCACAUGCAUACGCACAACGACAAGAAACCGUACACUUGCCGGGUGUGUGCCAAGGGAUUCUGCCGGAACUUUGAUCUCAAGAAGCAUAUGCGAAAGCUGCACGAGAUUGGUGGCGAUCUGGAUGAUCUGGAUAUGCCAUCGAGCUAUGACAGGAGGAGGGAGUACACCCGCAGGGAACCCCUAUCCUCGGAAUAUGGUCAGGCGUCGGGGCAACUGACGCCAGACUCGAGUUCUGGUAGUAUGUCACCACCAAUCAAUGUGACCACUCCACCGCUAUCCAGCGGAGAGACCAGCAAUCCUGCCUGGCCCAGAUCCACCGCCUCACAGUAUCCAGCCGGAAGCUUUCACCAUCAACUCGGGGUGGCGCCACCACAUGAUUAUCCCAGUGGUUCCGCCUUUCUGCAACUCCAGCCCCAGCAGCCACAUCAGCCAAAUCCGCAACAUCAUCAUCAUCAGCAGCAGCAACAACAGCAGCAGCAGCAGAGACUCUCGGAGACCUUUAUAGCCAAGGUGUUUUGACAGCGAUACUAUGCGGACAGCUUGAACAGCUCCACGGGUUCGACUUCGACGACCAGCUCCACGGUGACCACCACCACAACGACCAUAUCAUCCAUGGCCACUUCGAGGAGUGAUCUACUGAUCGACUGACUGCAGUUUGUGGCAGCGGCAGCCGCUGCUAGCAACUCGAAUUCCGGGCAGGAUCCCGGUGAGUCCCCAUCCCCGGAACUGGGAUGUACGGCCUUGGGCAGUGCUGUCCGGGCUUUGAAUGGACUCUUGUAAGGCAGCAGAAGGACUCUGAACCCACCUCUUUCUAUCCCGAUGAAUCUCAACCUCAACCGCCACCAAAUGGUUUCAACUUGUGCAAUACCCUCCCAAUCAGAAGAUGAUGAUGGCGAUCACCCGAACCGCUCAACACAUUUCUCUAAUCCAAACUCUGUAUAUAGUAUAUCCCUAAGAAGUCCCAUUUAAGCAAAUCUCUCGAUGUAUAGAUGUAGUUAAAGGAUUUACCUAGUUAGUCACGAAUGUGUGUAAACGCUCUGAGUUCUGUGUAUAUCGGCUACACAGAUCCUCUAGAGCACGUUUCGAUAUAGGAUAUGAUGUUUUUGGCUUUGUGUUAGAGCUUUUAUGGGAUCUAUCAACCAAAAUACAUAAUUGUAUCUUAGAGUUGUACUAGAUAUCUGUACUGUACGUAUAUCCCUAAGUGUCUGUGUAAUCCAACGCAAAAGUAAUGAAAUUGAGCAACAUUUUAACGAUGAUCGAUGAAUGCAUUGAAUUUGUUUAGGAUUUAAGUGAUAUUAUUGAUAAUGUUUAAGCAAUAAAUCAAUUCUUCAAUUAUUAAA